AUGGAGUUUGACACACAUUUACCGCUGGUUUUUUUUAAAAUAGGAUAAUGUUACUUUUUUUUUUUUCACAAUGAAACUGUGUAUAUAGUAUUGUAUUUUAUUUCUUCUGAUUUGCGACACAAUCACAAGCAUCUUUGCCAUUUGGCGUCUCAAUUUUACCCACACAAUUAUUAAUUUAUGAUUGAUUGAAGGUUCCAAGAUUUUAUUUGGGAAUUUAUUCCAAACUGUUGAAAUAUUCAAAAAAUUUGCUGCAGUUAAAUUUAUAUUUUCUGAACCAGACCUAGACUCCAACCACAAAUAAAUGUGCCCCCACCUGAAUUGUUAUAGAUCUAGUAAAAUAUCAUUCCCAGUUGUGUAUUGCACAAGAUGAUAAAUAACACAGGCUUCUCAGAGCUGAGAACAAGGUUGGCCUGACUUUAAAUACAUUUCUACAACUGAUACGUUCACUAUUGCUACGUACUUGUAUAAAAUAAAAUUUGAGACAUGUAUGGAAGUUCAAACUCCCAGACUAAACGGCGCAAGAAGCGUUUACUACAAGCAACAAAAACAGUGACAGUAGUUCGUGGAAAGUUGGGCUAUGGUUUCACUAUAUCUGGCCAAAACCCCUGCAUGUUGAGCUCUAUUGUUGCUGGUAGCCCAGCACAAGCAGCAGGGCUGAAGCCUGGGGAUCUCCUCUACUUUGUCAACGGACAGAAUGUCAGCAGAGCCUUCCAUGAUGAUGUUGUGCGCAUGGUAGGGCUCUCCACAGGAUCAUUAGUUUUGCAGGUUGCAGAAAAUGUAAACAGCUCCGAUUCCUCUGAUGAUGACUACCCACCUCGCAGCAAGUCACGCUACCCAAAUAGAGUUCGGCCUCGCAAGAAUCAUGGGGAUAGAGUUUCUAAAUAUGACCGGGCUUCACGACAAGCUGACAACUUGCCAGCUCAUCAGCGCCAGUACGCCCCCCAGGGUACAGAGUCAGACUUGUCCUCCAGCCUUACAUCCCAGGAGGACCACGGCUGGACCCAGGGCUGGCCCAGGGUCAACCAGAGAGCGGCCCCAGAAGCAGGGCGAGGGUUCACCUAUACUGCCGUACAAGAUGGCCCUGUCAUCUCUACAGCCAAGAAAGUCUCCUCUGCCUCUGCUGUAGUCAAAAAGGUCCCUCCCAUGUCAGGACAGUCAGCUGAGACACACCCCUCCGUCUUACACAAUAAAAUUGUUGAUCCAGUACCAACUCCCCAGAUAGAAAAGUUGAAUGUUAGGGCAGAGAAGGAUGGUGAAGAGGUCCUGCUGCCGUUGGUGGAGCCUCUAAAAGCUGUUGUGGGCUACAUUGGUUCAAUAGAAACUCCAAGUUCUCACACUCGCCCGCACCAGCGCCUCCAAGCCUUACGCAAUGCAGUUAGAAGGCUGAGAGUAGAGAAGAAGGUCCACACCCUGGUGCUGAUCCAGGUCAGCCAGACGGCUGUUACCCUAACCAAUGCACUGGGCAAGCAGCUAGCUCUGUACCCCAGUGACCGUAUCGCCUUCAGUGGGAUCUGUCCAGAUGACGAGCGCUUCUUUGGGCUGGUGACCCUGAGUUUACCUGAUGAUGACACCAGCAGCUUGCUGGAGGGGGGAGGAAACACAAGCUUCCCUAACUCUUCCUGUCAUGCCUUUAUGAUUGAACCAGAGUUAAGUCCCCACAGUAUGCACCUGCAACAAGCUGAAGCCUUCCACAUCAAGUGUAGCAGACAGUCCUUGGUUUGUGAAGAGUUUCCCAGCUCGGCCACCUCACUGAUCCUGUCUAUAGCCAGCCUGUACCGUCAUGGACCGGCCAGAAAAUUUGACAGCGAAAUAGUUCAGUCUCAAGCUUUUGCUGAGCCCAUCAGGCAAGCAGAGCGCAGCAAUAGUAUUGCUAGCAGCAAUGGGAACAACAGCACCAGUGACAGUGGGCUGGGACUAGCUAGAGAGGAGGCCCCCCUGGAGCAGAAUGAACAGAUCUGUGUUGUGGACCUCCCAUGUGACAGACAGUUAAACGCCAGCUGUUUCUCAGUAGACACAAGUGUCUUGUCUACUCAAGGCCAUCUCUCUCCAGAAGUGGACGUGGUCAACCACACGCAGGGGUCAGCCACACCUCGGAGGCCAUUGUCAGCUUUUGAUCCCAGAAGAGGUUUGAACAACUCCAGCAGCAGUGAGGAGUGCUGGCACCAUGUCAACAAGCUGAACCCCAGGGCCAUGCCAGACCCCGCCUACCCCGGGGCGCAGAGUGUCAGCCCACUGCCCCAGUCUACAGAAAACUUGAGACAAAGCAUGCAGCGCCUGUUGCAGGCUCGCCAGCAGCAGCUGCAGGAGCAGAACUGCAUGCUGGGUAGUGAUGGCGAGUCCCACGUGGGGGACCCAGUUCUCUCCCUCUCUGUGGCUGAAGAUGGGCACGCUGUGCUUGAGGGCAGCGUUGGGCAGAAGGUGCAGGCGUUGUUUGCUGCCCCUGUUAGCGUGCCAUCCACUGCCUCCGUCAGGUCAGCCUUCCAAGUGCCCAGACCCGUGUCAGCCCCACCUGUCAAGCACAGGUUCCACACCCAGCCAGAAACUGUGGACUUGGAGACUCUGGGCAAGCUCAGCCCCAGGGCCUACCCCAGCGCCUCACCCAUGGCAGUUUUUCGCUCUCCAUCCGCACCUCCGGCCCCAUUUUUCCCACAUCGAGAUUCUGAUGAGGAUGAGGAUGAUGAUGCAAGUUAUAAAAGUGAAGAUGACCCUUACAUACGCCAGAUUUUAGAACAAUUCAGCCGAGACAAGAUCUCUGCCUUAGAAGGAGAAAGUCGCAGAUUUUCAGAAGGAUUUGCUCUUUCAAAAAAGAUGCCUUUGAUUUUUAUAGUGCUUCUCCUUCUGCAAAGUGCUAAUGGGAAUUUUACAAAGACUACGCCAAAUGCAAUAUCAGGUAAUGGAACCUAUAUUGAAAAUGAUUCAAAAGGAACAGAAACCUGCACUCAAUAUAUACCGUAUGGUUCUAUUUUUAUCAAUGUGACAUUAGUAUUGUUGCUGGCUGUGAGUGUUCCGUUUGCCUGCAAAUAUAUAGUUGAAAAAUGUAAAAAAAAAAUGAAGCAAAAAAUAAUGUAGCUGUAGGCAAGUGUUCUCAAGAAUUGGAAAAUAGUCCACAAGUCUCGAGUUCAACCCCACUGGCAGAUAAAUCUCGAUCCCCUUCCACACUAAUAAUUAAGAACGAAGAAGAAGAAGAAGAAGCUGACCAGAAUGAUGGCAAAAAGCAGAAGGUAUGUAGCUAUUGAAUUUUUUUUAAUUAGCACCUAACUUCUGUUAUUUGAAUUAAUUUAUAUUAUUAUGUAACACACUAAGUGUUUACGUGAACACCCAGCACGAGUCCACACAGCACUGUUCUUUAUAGUACGGGUCUUCACACACUGUCUUCAAACAGGGGUCUUGAAACACUAAGGGUCCAUAUAUCACAAAGACAUGCUCCGUACGAAAAUCAUAUCGAUGAAACUUAACUGGUUUAGAUAGCUAUAGAUUUUGCUGACUGGAUGUUAUAUAUCCGCCGAC